CGGUUGCUGACCUGGCUAGUAAUCGUGGGAUCCCCUUUUCUCGGGCUCCUACUGUCUGUCCUGAUGCUGAUGCUGCGUUCCCAUCCCCACCCUUCCACCUCAGGGUUAGGUGAAGGUUUGUCUCUGACUUCAAGCCAUAGUUUGGUCAGUGACCCCACAGGAUACAACCCAUUUUUGACGGAGCAGCCCCCUUUUGCUCACUCAUGUUGGGACACGGCUCUAGACUUCCAGACAUGCAACAAUUCUAAUUCUCUCUGUAUCCUUGAGAUGCGGAAGGAGAAAUCACGUGACGCCGCAAGGUCUAGGCGAGGAAAGGAGAACUAUGAGUUUUAUGAACUGGCCAAAAUGUUGCCACUCCCCUCCGCCAUCACUAGCCAGUUGGACAAAGCAUCUAUCAUUCGUUUGACUAUUAGUUUCUUGAAACUACGGGACUUUUCGGGUUUUGGCGAUCCCCCGUGGAGUAGAGAUGGCUCCCCUACUACUAAAAUCUUGAAAGAUAUACCAUCACCAGGGUACACAAGUGAAAGCAGUUUGGGUUUCUUCGAUUUCAACAUAAGUUGCAUCGCCGAAACAGAAAUAAUUAUGUUGUAGUAUAAUUCCUAAUCUUUGUAUUAUGAAAUAUUAUUUAAAUCUUA